AUGCAGUUUGGAAAGGUUCUAUUUGCUAUUUCUGCCCUGGCUGUCACAGCUCUGGGAGAAACAACUUCUUCAUUGAGUGCCACAUUGACUUCAACCACACGAAUUUCAAUUGCAUCUGGAUGUAGUCUUGAAGACUUCACUGCUACUGCUCAGUCUAAUCUUGAUGAGUUGUCCGAUUGUGAAGCUGUCAGAGGUGAUAUCCACAUUGCCGGAAGUCUGGGAUCAGCUGCUAUCGCUAAUGUCAAGGCCAUUUACGGUUCUUUAAUUGUCAAGAAUGCCACCUCUUUGGUUUCAUUGACCGCUGAUUCUUUGACCACCAUUACCGAACAAUUGGCUCUUUCUGAGUUGACCAUUUUGGACACACUCUCUUUUGCUCAAUUGACUUCCGUUGGUUCUAUUUACUUCGUCACCUUGCCAGCUUUGGAAGAGACCGGUUUCCACACUGGUGUCUCUGACACUGAGUCUGUUUACAUUUCUGACACUGCUUUAACCAACUUGGACGGUAUCGUUGCUACCGAUGUCGAUGUUUUCAAUGUCAACAACAACUUCAAUUUGGACACUGUUGACUCGCACUUGGAAACUGUUUCCUCUGCUUUGGAGGUUUCCUUCAACUCAGACGAUGUUGAAGUAUCCUUUGACAAUUUGUUGUGGGCUAACAACAUUACCUUCCGUAACGUUGCUUCCGUCUCUUUGAACAACCUGACCACUGUUAACGCUUCUUUGGGUUUCAUUGAGUCUGGUUUCCAAAAGUUGAGUUUCCCAGGAAUCACCAGGGUUGGUGGAUCUUUCUCCAUUGUUGACAACGACGAUUUAGAAGAAAUAGACUUUUCUAACGUUCAGUCGAUUGGUGGUGGUUUAAUCAUCGCUAACAACUCUAAGUUGACUGACUUCAGUGAAUGGGAGGACUUGCAAACUGUUGGUGGUGCUCUUGUUUUGGAGGGUUCUUUCGACAACGGUUCCUUCCCAUCUUUGAGAGCUGUUAGAGGUGCCUUCUCUUUGGAGUCUGAUGGAGAUAUCUCUUGUGAUGACUUCUCUGAUAUCAGGGGUGACACUGCCGGUGAGUAUCAGUGCUCUGCUGCUUCGUUCUCCACUUCUGCUAGUGCUCAGUCUUCUUCUAGUUCAACCAGUACUGGCGGAUCCUCUACCCACACCGGUAGUUCCACUGCUACCAGCUCUUCUAGUGAGGAUGCUGGUGUAGCUUUGGCUCCUGCUUCUCUCUUCACUUUGUUAGCCUCAAUUGUUCUCGGAUUCUUGUAG